ACAAAAAGCUGUGUGAGAAAUUGGAUUUGCUAUAGGAAUGGCUCCCGAUCGCUUACGAAUAUCUCCGACAGUGCACGAAAACUCAAUGAUUUUUGUUAUAGUAGGCAGUGUGUGAGUGUGCUGAGCAUCAGUUCGUAAACGUGCUAAAACGUGUUGUAUAUUCUCAAAAAGUUUGACGCUAUUAUUGUUGCCUUGAAGUGUAGUUAAAUAAACAAAAACCAAGUUUAAUAAGUUAAACGUCUCCAGUUUAUAAUUAUUCAACAUUUUGUUAAUAACAAAAGAUUUAAAUGUAAUUUUUACAUUAAACCGCAUAAAAUGUUUCAAGACGAGGGAACAACGAUAAAAAGAGAACUUGAGGAUGAUGAAUCAAAUGGGGUUUUAGAAGAAAAUGAGGUAGCAUUAAAAAAACAACGGACUGAAGAGGUUCUCAUAAAGGAAGAAGAAGUCGAAAUUGAUGAGGACAAUUGUAUCGAAAAAUCAAAUGAAAAUAAUGCAGAAGAUAACUGUGAAGCAAAUAAAAAUACGGGAAACAGCAGCGAAAGAAAUCUUCAAAACCAGAAUCCUCUGGAGGAUUCAUUUUGGGUUCAAGAUGGUCUGUUCUUUGAGGAACAAGAUCCAAUUACACUCACAACCAAUAACUUUCCAUCGAUAGCAGAAAAACCCACAACAUCAACGGGUGCCUCCACUUGUCAAAGGAAUGAUAAGAUAUCUUAUCAAGCUACCAGAAAUCAAGAACUCACCAAAGGAGAAUCAAAGUAUGAUAAGGAGCUUUUAACUUAUCUUCAAAACGACACUGAUGGAAAAGGCAUUUUAACGAUAUACGAAAAGAACAACAGUUUGACACCAUCUGCUCGGAGGACACUGGUCCAUUUAUUAGUACAAAGGGAAAAAGAUGAGGCACUAAAAUGUGCAAAGCCUGGCGAAGUUCUUAAAGAUUGGGAAAAUUCUCAAGAAGAAACGAAAGUUAAUCCCAAAGGUAGAAAACGAUUUGGCAGAGAACUUGAUGAAUCAUUUGAAUUUAAUUUCGAUGAAUAUGGUGUCAAAUGGGGCAAAUGCAAAUUAUGCUUAGCACAAAAACCACCAAUUAACAAAACAUUCAAAAUGACUGCGAGUAAUACGACCGGAAUCAGACGACAUCUACGAAAAUGUCAUCAAACCGAAUUUGAUGAAACCUAUCCAUUAGUAAAAAAUUCGAAAAAAAUUUUGGAACAAAAAUUAUUUGAGGAUAGAAUAGUUGAUUGGGCAUCAAAAAAAUAUUUACCCAUGAACUUUUUCGAUGACGAGGGAACUAGAGAAUUAUUUCAACAUUUAAAUCCAACAGUUGAAAUUCCCACGGAAAAUAAAAUGACAACGAUGGUAUUAGAUAGAUUCGAAAAAAUGCAAAAUAACAUUAAACUAAUUUUACAGAGCAAUAAUUCGAAAUUAUCGUUCAGUUUAGAUGGUUCGUUUAAAAUUAGAAAAAAAAGUUUUACGAAAAUCACUUGUCAUUUUAUCGACGACAAUUGGGAAUUACAGUCAAUUUUUAUUGAUUUCGUUCCAAAGGAGACAGCACAAUCGUUUCAUGACACUAUUGAAAAAUUUCAAAUUAGUGAUCAAUUUCUAGGACUAACUUUAAUGAACACGAAUGCGAAUUUUUAUUUUAUAAGAGAAUUAGAAAAUUUAAUGACAUUCGACUCUAAAAGUCAACAUUUUCCAUGUUAUCCAAACAUUCUAAACUUUUCGAUUCAGGAAAUGAUGAAAAAAUUAGGAUUUGAAACAAACGAUGACGAGGAUAAUUUUACAAAUAAAGACGAAGAAGAUGAUGAUGACGACGACGAAGUAACAAAUGAUGACAAAGUAAACAUAAUUUUAUCCGAUAUUGAAACAACAACUCACACAUCUCCACUAUCAAAAUUAAGAUAUCUAUUCAAAUUGUUAAAAUCAUCCAAACAAUGGAAAACUAAACUUCAAAAGUGUUGCGAUAAUUGUGGUAUUAAAAGAUUAUCGACAAAUAUCGAUUUAAAAAUGCGAUGGAGCGCUACGUGUGCUAUGAUUAAUGUAGCAUCGCGAAUGCAACAAGCAUUAAUUUUACUUUGUGGGAAUAAUAAUAUUCUUCUGAACAAAUUAAUUCUCUCUGAUAACGAAUGGAAUCUCAUGCAGGAAGUUAAUAAAUAUUUGCGUUACUUCAGAGUGUUUUCAAAAACUCUAGAUGGAAAAAUGUAUCCAACACUUAAUUUCUUCAUCGUUGGAUUUCAUACCUUAAUUUAUAAACUAGAAGUCUCAAUUAGUUACUUAAAGGAAAAAGUACGAUCAAAAGAGGAAGAAAAUGUCAAAACGGCAUUGGAAACUGGAAUAGAAAGUUUAUUAAAAUAUUAUGACAAAACAAAUUGGGUCUAUUGUGUCGUGUUAAUUUUAGAUCCACGUUAUAAACUAGAGUCAUUUGACGCAACUAAUUGGGGAAAAGAAAUAAAAGCCUCGUCAUUUGAAGUUUUUAAAAAUAUCUUUAAAACUCAAUACUUCAAAGCACCUCAAUCAACAACACUGGUCGAUCCUCUCUCUGUCGAAAUCGCCAAUCAAAUGGAAUGUAAAAUCGAAGACGAUGAGGAUUUAGACAUUUUUGUCUUAUACGAAGGAAACGGAAAAACCUCAACGCCGCCAACGAAUAAUGAUUGGCAAAAGGAAUUAAAUUUGUACCUCGAAGAAGAGCGAGCCAAUGCGUCAGUCGAUAUUCUAAAAUGGUGGAGAUUGUAUGCAGAAAAAUAUCCCAAUUUGUCACGAAUGGCUCGUGAUUUUUUACCCAUUUCGGCAUCAUCCGUACCGCUAGAACAAUGUUUUCCGCAAAAUUCAUUGGCAGUUAGAAAUUAUCGUCACCGCCUUACAGAAAAAUCAUUCAGAUGUUUAAUUGGUGUUAACUCAUGGAUCAAUUGUUCUCUUGCACAGAAAAUAAAUUCUACGUUAUAGUCAAGUGUUCAUUUUUUCCUUUUUAUUAAAAAGUAUUAUAAAUUUGUAUUUAAUAAGUUUAACAUGUUCUGUACAAUUAAAUUGGCCUUUUUGUUAAUAAAAUAAAAAUACAUUUUUCUACAA